AACAGCCUCAGCUCCAUGACAGGCAAAACGUACCGCUUCAGAGUCCACAACGUGGGCAUCUCCACCAGCUUGAACCUGAGGAUCCAGGGCCACAACAUGGCCAUGGUCGAGACAGAGGGCUCCUAUACGAUGAAGCAGAAUUUCACCAACCUCGACAUCCAUGUGGGGCAGUCCUACUCCUUUCUGGUCACGAUGGACCAGAAUGCAAGCAGCGACUAUUACAUCGUGGCCAGCGCUCGGUUCGUGAACGAGUCGCUCUGGACCAGGGUCACUGGCGUUGCAAUUCUGCACUACUCGAAUUCAAAGGGCAAGGCGUCUGGUCCACUCCCUGAUCCGCCGAAUGAUGAGUACGACAAAACCUUCUCCAUGAACCAGGCACGGUCAAUCAGGAUGAACGUGACCACUGGUGCUGCUCGUCCGAACCCUCAAGGAUCAUUUCACUAUGGCCAAAUCAACGUGACCCAAGUGUACAAGCUGAGGAACAUGCCACCUGUUACCAUCAAUGGCAAAAGGCGGACUACGCUGAAUGGCAUCUCUUACUCCCCGCCUGCUACUCCAUUGAGGCUUGCGGAUCUCUAUGACAAGAAAGAAGUCUACACACUCGACUUCCCAACCAUGCCGUCUGAUGGACCGCCGGUUAUCAGGUCUUCUGUCAUCAACUCGACGUACAAGAACUUCAUGGAGAUUGUGUUUCAGAACAAUGACACGAAAGUUCAGACCUACCAUAUCGAUGGAUACGCCUUCUGGGUCGUAGGAAUGGACUACGGUGAGUGGACCGACAACAGCCGUGGGACAUACAACAAGUGGGAUGGUGUUUCCCGUUGCACCACUCAGGUGUUUCCCGGAGCAUGGACCGCCGUCCUGUUGUCGCUUGACAGCCCGGGGUUCUGGAACGUGCGCACGGAGAACCUGGACACGUGGUACCUCGGCCAGGAGACGUACAUCAGGGUGGUGGAUCCUGACGGAGGCUACAACGUGACCGAGUCGGUGUUACCAGACAACGCCCUCUUCUGUGGCCUCCUCAGGGAAAAGCAGAAGGCUCAGAAGCCGCACGGGUCGUCGUCGAGCUCGGCGUCCCCUGCGCUAAAACAGAGUGGCUACCUGCUGCCAUUCUUGGUGUUGCUGGUCGCAUUGGCGGUCAUGGGACACUGAACUGAAGUGAUUGCCAGUUAGUGGUGUGUGCUAGAUCUGCGGUUUGUGAGUUAGGGAAUUGGGAAUGUGGGUUCUCCACCGAUUGGGUGGGGAGGCCCUGCCAUUGUUGCGUAUCGGCGAAUUCGUCGAAACUGUUAACAGAGUUGUGUCUUGUGUGCAAGCGUGUCACAUUGUUUGUGUGGUACUUACUGCUGCCUGUGGCCCCGCAAUUGGGGGCGCUGUGCCGCCGCCUUGAGGAUGAUGAUUUUUAGC